AAUCGGUUUAGGCGUUCAUCAAAGAGAUGCCGCCGUGUGAUCGAUUCAGAAAUUGUUAGCAUGCUCGUUCACGAGAGAAACCAGAUAAAUUUCGGAUAAGUAGCAAGAUGCGUAGUUGAUUUCGAAGGUAAAAUUCGACUUCUCAUGCCGUUUAAUCUCCCACGUCACUCGCGCGAAAGAUCGACGGUUGACGGUUGAUAUCGUCGUACCUCGGGUGACUUGCACUCUGUCCACAUUUUUUCUCCGUGCACAUAUGCCCGCGUUUUGAUCAUGGAAAAGGACUUGCAACGAUCCUUGGAGUUGUUGAGGGAGAACGUGGAAGAAGUGCGAAACGAUGCCGAAGCGGUGUUGUCGAGUAUUUGUCAGAACAUUCUGUCCUAUCCGGAUGACAAACAGCAUCGAGAAGUAAGGCUCGACGACCCUCUGGUCAUCGCUAAACUACUCCCGGCUCUCGGAGCCAUCGAGUGUCUAUUCGACGUCGGCUUCAUUGAGGCCACCGACUGCCUUUCCCUACCUCAAGAAACACCGCUGACCAAGUUGCAAACCCUGCAAAAAUUGCUCAACAAAAGUACAGUCCCAAGAACACCUGUUGUAGCGAGGAACAAGUUGUAUGAUUUACUGCCUGCAGCGUGCACAGCGAAAGAGAGUAAAUUCUUCAAAAGCAUUAUAGGUCAGUUUGAAAGCGUACUGAGAUACGAGGAUGCGGAGCUACAGGAGAAAGCUAAGAAAUUAAUACCGAUCGUAGACCUCGAAAUCGUUACUAUGACGAGGAUCAGGCAGCUGCAGAAGCACGCCAAGUUCAAUCAGAUCGAUGCGGAGAAAGAGAUCGACGAUGUGAAAGACCUGUUCCUCAUGGAGUUGUUGCAUUGGUUCAAAUACAAGUUCUUCACGUGGGUCGACAGUCCGAAAUGCACGGCGUGCUUUUCGGAAUGCAACCUCCAGGAAGUGGUCCGCACCGACGAUCUUAGGUGUUCGCGAACAGAGAUACACAAAUGUACGAAAUGUGGAACGAGAGUCAAGUUCCCUAGGUAUACCGAUCCGGAACCAUUGUUAAUUCUGCGUCGGGGACGGUGCGGGGAAUGGGCGAACACGUUCACGCUUCUGUGUCGAGCGCUUGGGUACGACGCGAGAUUCGUGCACGACGAGACCGAUCACGUGUGGACAGAGGUAUGGUCCAUCCGCGAGAAAAGAUGGAUACACCUAGACCCCUGCGAAGACGUGAUGGACAGGCCGUUGAUGUACGAGAAGGGCUGGAAAAAGAAAUUGUCUUACAUAAUGGCGUUCUCGAAAGACGAGGUGCAGGACGUUACGUGGAGGUACACGCGCGACCAGAAAGCAGUGAUGAAACGGAGGAACAUCUGCUCCGAGGCUAAGCUGCUGCAAUUCAUCGAGUCGCUGAACAGACAUCGUCAGUGUUCCCCGAAUUACAGCGCUGCGCGGAGGCAGUACGUGAUCAAACGGAGACUAUUAGAACUCGCCGAACUGAUACAUGUGCCGAGUAGCAAACAGAAUCCCAAGGACGACGAGAGUUAUCACGGACGGACCACUGGAUCCUAUCACUGGAGACAGACGCGAGGAGAGAUUUCCGAGACGGCAGCGAAACACGUCUGGGACAUUUCGAAAUACGGAGACGCGUUCCGGCUUCGCUACUCGAUCGUUAAAGACGCGUACAAGGUGACUAACAUCGACAGCGAAGUUCUGAUGGACAUGUCCGGUUGGCAAAACGGAGUGUACGAGGUCGAAGGUGGAAUGCGUCGUAAAGAAGAGCACGAUUGGAAGAUGGUUUAUCUGUCUCGUUCCCCAGGCUCCGCUCUCGGUAAGGUAAAAUGGUGUUUCCUCGUUAAGGAUCCGAAUCUUUGCGUGAGGACGUUCGACCUAAAGGCCAGCGUUCAAGUAUUCUUCGAAGCCGACGUGUCGUGGGAGUUAGAGGCGAUUUUUGAUAACGAGAAGCGAGAUCAGUCGAUCGUUCUGCCUAUUGACGCGUAUUAUCACACGGACCAAUUGAAGGGAUCGGUGAAAUUAAUUCUCACAGCCACCCUUUCCGGUGGCACGGGCGAUUGCGCUUGGCAGCACGCACAGCUCUUUCGGCAAAGCCUGGCCGCCGGGAACGAUUGUUCUCUGUCGGUCGACAUUCGACUGGAGAAUCGGUAAUUUUCUACCCAGUUUACACAAGUUGUUUAAGUUGCUUCUACGGAAGAGUUCAGUUUCAUCACAUUCCGUAUAUCAAAAGAUUCUUUUCUAUCAGGAAAAAAAAACUAUUCACUUCUAAUUGUUAAGUUUAUAUCAAGUAUAAAAUAAAGAUUUGUUAACCUGUGUUGCAAAUAAAGACGAAUCCUCGGUAA